AAGACCAUGGAGGGCUUUGAAGAGCUGUGCACUGACGCACAUGAAUCAUGCAGACUAUAAAGUGUGUUGUCGUUGGUGAUGGUGCAGUUGGAAAGACGUGUCUUCUCAUCAGUUACACAACAAAUGCUUUUCCUGGAGAAUAUGUGCCAACUGUAUUUGAUAAUUACAGCGCACAGAUGACUGUGGAUGGACGAACAGUGAGCCUAAACCUGUGGGACACAGCAGGACAAGAAGAGUACGACAGACUCCGCACUCUUUCAUAUCCACAGAGCAACGUCUUCAUCGUGUGUUUCUCCAUUGCCAGCCCUUCCUCCUAUGCCAAUGUGCGUCACAAAUGGCAGCCAGAAGUGUCUCAUCAUUGCCCCAAUGUUCCUAUUCUUUUGGUUGGAACGAAGAAGGAUCUAAGGAAUGACUCUGAAACUAUAAGAAAGUUGAAAGAGCAGAGCCUUUCCCCUACAACCCCACACCAGGGGGUGACCUUGUCCAAACAAAUCAGAGCAGUUAAAUACCUGGAAUGUUCAGCUCUCCUUCAGGAAGGGAUCCUGGAAGUAUUUGCAGAAGCAGUGAGAGCUGUUCUCUACCCUUAUAAGGAAAAGAAAAGCCGAAGUUGUGUUCUGCUAUAGUUGAGCUCCUGAAUAUCUAUGUUGUACAGUGGAGUGGAGCGGUGUCUGAUUUGUGGUAAUGCACAGAAUAAGUGACUAAAAUGGAAUUUGUUGAAAUGCUGCUUUUGCUCAGUUUCUUUCUCUAAUCGCAGAUAACUAUCGAGAUUUAAAUCUUGGGUAACCUUGGAUUCCAGUUUCCAAUCCCAGAGCUGGAGGGAAAGCUUUAUUUUGGGUGUCACUUGAAAGACCCCUUUUUUUAAGGCUCCUGCUAAACUGUUAUGAAUCUUACACACGAGGCUUGUCAUUUUCGAAGCAAUGAAAUGGCUAUUUUUUUAUUAACACAAAUAUUUCCUACACAUUUGAUUGGUGUACUUUUCUGUUUUUAUGACAAUUCACUGAUUUUUUUUUCUUGAUGCUCAGGUGAUUGUUCACUGCUGUUUUAUUAAGUAACACAAGGUAGUGCAGCACUCAUUGACUGAUGUGUCUGAAGAGGCAUACAUCGGCACAAAUUGGCACAAAUGUUGAGUUCAAUAUGAAAUCUUGUACUGAGCAGUUAUGCCUUUUGUUAUUUUAACGAUGCUUCACACAACCUUGCUAGCCUUAUGUGUUGAAAACCUGUUAUUGGCAGCAGGAUAUGUACAAUAAACAAUGAAAAUAAAUAAUGCUAAGUAUUCAUCAUUGAA